GGGAGAUGCUUCGCCUCCGGAAAGAAGAGUGGACUGUAGUGAGGUUGAGCCACUCAGCAUCCAACCAGCACCAUUUGGGCCUUGGAUCGGUCGGGUCCGCAGAGCUCAGAUGAAGCUACCAGCUCCCGUGAAAGAAGGUUCUUCGCAGUGGAGUGACCUUUCUGACACGGUGGACCACAACGCUUCUUUUGAGGAGUCCACACCUCCAUCCGCCAAGGCAGCUGGCACACAUCAGAAGAAUAUCAAGGACACGGAGACUAAAGAUCUCAAGGUGAGGGCAGAGACUUUAGUCUUCGAUCUGGUCCGUUUCUCCGGAUGGGGAUACGUGUCUGCAGAAUUCCGAUUCAAGGUAGGGCAAAGUUUGGUCAGCUUCGCCCUGACCUCGGAGGAGGCGUGUAGUCUGGUGAGGGACACACUAGACAGGGAGAUGCUUCGACUCCGGAAAGAAGAGCGGUGGGCCCAAAAAUUGAUCGAGCUCAACCGGUUCAUCGAGAGGUUUCCCAUGAUAUUUGUUGACAUGAAAUGCCAACUUCCAUCAUGGGUCCUCGAGGAUCUGGAAGAUUCAGAUCUCUCUUCAAAUGAAGAGGAUGAACCAGUUGAGACCAUCCCUCCUCCUGCUGACCCUCCAACUGAGGGCCCCCUCGUACCUGCUCCAGAGCCACCACCAGGGCUUCUCUUCUUUCCUGCUCCUGCUCCACAGCCUCAAGCCGCAGUUGCGCCUCCAUAGCCCCAGACACCUCCGUCCUCUCAACAAAUCAACACAGAUGCUGUUGAGGACAUGGAGAUUGAGGACGACGGUUCCUUAUCUCAACUUUCACCUCCUCAGAAUCAAACGCCUCCUCUUGCGUCUCCUUUCCUGCCUCCGUUAAUGAAGCGUCGGGCUCCAUCUUCUUUACAGCAAAAUAAUGGAGCUCAGGAUGAGGUGGAGCCAAUGCCAAAAAUCAGCCAAUCCGGCAAGUGCCUCCUCCCGUCUCUCCUCCUCAGCGUCCCUGUCUUAAGCGUCCGGCUCCAUGUACUGCACAGGAAGCAUCUGAGGGUAUGGUCUCCCCGAUCAAAAAACUUAACGGAUUGAUUUACAAUAUCAAGAAGAGGAGCAUCAACCUCACCUCCUCAAACCCCACCGCAAUGUGGAGAAAAGAAAUAAAAAUAUUUUUUAUGAAACGUAGAAUAGUGCAGAAAACAAAGAUUAUUUGUUACACAUUCAUUAUGUUCAUUUAUUGUGAAAAACUUAAAUGUAAUGUAAAUGUAAUCAGGUUUUACCAACAUUUCCAUCAUCCACUAGAAAUCAAGCUUACUGUAAACCUAAUAAGACACAAGUUAGGUUGAAAUCACUGGGAGAGAAACUUCACUAAAGUUUCUACAUUCUGCUUUAAUUCCUAUAGUAACACUAAGCAGGACAGAUCACAGAUUAGUUCAGGCAGUAAACUGUAAACUAACUUAAAAUCAAUUCAAGAUGUUAACAUCUUCUAACAAUCUGAUUACAGCUUAAAAGAUCAGAAGGUUUUAGAAACGUCUCCCUACAGCUUAUGACGUAUAAUAUAUCAGAUAUUUCUGACUGCAGCAAUAACUUAAACGUAACACUUAUUUUUAUUAUUAUAAGCAAACAUGGAAGUUGAUCGGUUAUGACAUGGACGGCUAAUGAAAACUUGACCGUAAAUCAUUUCUGAAGAGUUUGUUUUUAAUAAACACAGUAAAUAAUCUUUUAUUUAAUAUCUAAAGGUGAAAACAUCUGUAAGGUUUACACUGUAAGAGAGAUCUGUACAUGAAGUGUUGACUGUUAAUGUGUGUAUAUAGCACAUGAUUCACAUUGUGACCUAUAAAGCAGCACAAUAUUUUAUUCAUCUGUUUCAGAGGGAAGUCAUUUUAUUAAAAGUUUUACUUUGUAAAGUCACCGUUUUAUUAUUGUAAGUCAUUUGAAAUGAUAAACAUCCAGUGAUGCUCUGAAUGAACUGAGAAUUCUUCAUAAAAACAUUUACACACA